AUGCUGCUACGGGUUCGUGGUCCCGACGGCAUGGCCCGUCUGACCGUGGAGCCGACGACGACGUUUGGCGAGAUGGGACAGCAGCUGCUUUCACAUCUCCCGCCCACGGUCGACCCCAAGACCAUCAGCAUGUCAAACUCGCCCACCGGUGGCGACGCCAAGCGCCUCGGUGACAUUGUCAAUUUCAAGAUUGGCCAGAUUGGUCUCUCGCACGGCGACCUCAUCUUCAUCACGUAUCAGAAGAAGAGCGAUGACGCAAACAGCUCCAACGGCAGCGCACCCGUCAAUUCGGGCAAGCUCAACGGCAAGCCCGUGAUGCCUGGCGAAGAUUUUCCCGUCGACAACAAAAUCGAGAGAAUAGCCCGACCCUGGGAGGUUGUCAAGCAAUCCCCCCUCGACGACCGCCUCGACCGCAAGGACGGCAAGAUUCCCCGCGGCCGCGACAAGAUGUGUCGCCACGGUCCCAAGGGCAUGUGCGACCACUGCCAGCCUCUCGACCCCUUCAACGCAACCUAUCUCGCCGAGAAGAAGAUCAAAUACCCCUCUUUCCACUCCUAUCUGCGCAAAAUCAACUCUGCCACAAACAAGCCCGAGCUCGGCAGCUCCUAUAUUCCGCCGCUGGUCGAGCCCUAUUACAGAGUCCGACGUGACUGUCCUUCGGGUCAUCCACAGUGGCCUGAGGGCGUAUGCACAAAAUGUCAGCCCAGCGCCAUCACACUGAAUCCACAGCCAUUCCGUAUGGUUGACCACGUUGAGUUUUCGAGCCCGGCCAUUAUCGACAGCUUCAUCGACGCUUGGCGCAAGACGGGCUCGCAGCGACUGGGAUAUCUAUACGGACGAUAUGCAGAGUAUACUGAGGUGCCCCUUGGAACCAAGGCUGUUGUGGAAGCCAUCUACGAGCCGCCGCAGGUCGACGAGAUGGACGGCGUGACACUCAAUGCCUGGGAGAAUCAAAAAGACAUUGACCACAUCGCAAAGCUGUGUGGUUUGGAACCCGUGGGCGUCAUUUGGACCGAUCUGCUUGAUGCUGGACAAGGUAACGGCUCUGUGGUCUGCAAGCGACAUGCGGACUCAUACUUUCUCAGCUCUCUGGAGACGUGCUUUGCCGCACGCCUACAAGCGCAGUAUCCCAAGGCGACGAAAUGGAGCGAUACUGGCAGGUUUGGCUCAAGCUUUGUUACCUGCAUCGUUUCGGGCAAUGAAGACGGCGAGAUUGCCAUUUCGGCAUAUCAGGCUUCCAACGAUGCUGUCGAGAUGGUACGCGCCGACAUUAUUGAGCCGUCUGCCGACCCUACACAGAUGCUGGUGCGCAGCGAAGAGGAGGACGAUGGCUCGACAAGUCGUACGCGAUACAUUCCCGAAGUCUUCUUCCGCAAAAUCAAUGAAUACGGGGCCAACGUGCAAGAAAAUGCCAAGCCCGCAUUCCCGGUUGAAUAUCUUUUUGUGACUCUGACACACGGCUUCCCCGCCGACCCAAAACCGACAUUUACGCAGACAGACUUUCCUAUUGAAAACCGCGAAUAUAUUGGCGAGAGCCAAGAGCAUACUGCCGUAGCCAAGGCGCUUGGUAUGAAGCCAGGCCAGAAGCCGAGCGACAACUGCCAAGAGGUAUCCAACUUUCAUCUACUGUGCUUCCUUCAUCAAAUGGGCACCAUGUCCAAGGACGAAGAAGCUCUGCUCUGCAAGGUGGCCAGCCAGCACGACCUCGCCGACUCGUUCCAGCUGCGCUCCACAGAAGGAUGGCAGACGCUGCGCGCCAUUCUCCAAUCGACCGGUGAGCGAAUCCCCAAGCGCCGACGCGACGAAGGCUUUGCCGCAGCCGCAGACGUCUCGUCGCUGUCGACGCCCUCUCCAUCUUCAUCCUCCACCUCCUCAUCCUCCCUGCACCAAUCCAUGCCCCGCGACCCGGAUGAGCCCUUGACUAAACGGAUGGCUGCCUUUAGGCUAAACGAGCGCCGGACCGGGAGCAGUCGGUCGCGACCGCGGUAA